CCAACCCCAUCUGAGUGACGUAACCGCUAGCGCCACAACAAGCUGGAAAACAAGGAAGUGUAGUGUAACCUGUCACAAGGCCCCGUUAAGACACCUGAAUCUGCGUUUAUCCUUUCAAGCUAUCUUAUUCUACAAAAUACAGAACCAUGAAUAACAAAGGUUCAUAUCCCCAGCAAGGGUUGUACCCUCAACAGAACAGCGCACCUAUCUACCCUCCUGCGAUGCAAGUAUCCCCUCAGGCGCCUCCAUACACUGAUGCACCUCCUGCAUACUCUGAGAUAUACCAGCCCAGAUUUGUGCUUCCACCCCAGGUGCCUGGCCAGGUACCUCAGAUGUCCUCUCCAUACCCCGGGGCACAGAUGUUCAUGCCCAUGCAGCAGCACAUUCCAGUGGGGGCAGUCGGCCAGAAUGUCCCAAUGGCUUACUAUCAGAUGGGAGCCAUGUACCCCCCUGGCUCAACAGUGAUGGUAGAUGGAGGCUAUGAUGCCGGGGCACGCUUCGGGGCCACCAGCAGUGUUUCCAUUCCGCCCCCACCCCCUGGACACCCCCCAAAUGCCGCUCAGCUGGCGGCCAUGCAGGGUGCUAAUGUUGUGAUGGCACAGCGCAAGAAUAAUUUCUUCCUGGGAAGCUCCGGUGGAGGUUAUACCAUCUGGUAACGGCAGCCAUUCUCGACGAAUCCCCCUCCCCUUUUCCUUCCUCCCUGUAUUCCCAACCUCAUUCCCUUCUUCCAACGCGACUAUGCCCUUACACCCCAUCCCAUAUGCCUCCCUUUUAAGGCUGCUCAGUCACGCCAUGAUACUGAUAUCACCUAACAGAAUGUAAUAACUUAGAGCCCUAUUAAUAGGUACAGUAUUCCACUUGCUACGGCAUUUUUACAAUUGAUUGAGACCACUGCCCAGAGUGGCUGUCGAAAAAAAAAAAAAAGUCUUUCAGAAAUUCAUUCCAAGAAUCCUUUAUCAGAUUCGGUCAAUCCAAAA